AUUUUUUAUUUUGGUAAUUAUCCCAUUUAUUUUAUUUAUUAAAAAAAAUCAUGUGCAAUGCCUCUAUAUAAUUCGAAUUCACUUCAUUUGAAUUACAUUUCACCACCCAUAGCCCACCAAAUCCAGAGAAAGCAACGCAACCAAUCUUGAUGGGAGACGACCCGGAUCGAAUCUACUGCUUGAAUGGAGUCGCACAUAUCGCUGACAGCGUUCAUGAAGGGUUAGUAAAAUAAAAUAUUUAUUUUGAUGCCCUUUUAUUUGUUUAUUGUAAGAAAUAAAGAAAUUUGUUAGUUUUGUUUAAAUCGGUUAUAUCUUGUUUAUUAGCAUGAUUAGAAUGUGUAAACUUGAAGUAUUAGCUAGACUUUUGAUUUAGGGGCUGUCAUGUGUUAGAAGCUAUUUACUGAUACUAAACUGUUUAGAACAUGAAUAUUAUAAUUGAUAGAAUCUGUAGAUCUUGAAUAGGAUUAAUAGUAUUGAUAGAAUGAUGGUAGUGUGUUAGGGUAUACCAAUAAAAAAUGGAUGUCGGAUAAAGGAUUAUGAGAGUUUAAUAGAAGUAUGGUUAAGGUAAAAAAAAUUCGUUUUAGAUAAUUUAUUUUUGGUAAAAUUUUGGGAUUGUAAGAGUGUUUUUUUUUAUGUCACGCAGCCCCAUCACUGCAUCUCAAGUUUGAAGAGGCAACACGGUAUGCCGUUAGACGAUAGAAUCAUGUCGUACGUCUAAAUGGCGGGACUGGCCCAUCUUGCGAGGCUCAAUGAUCACUGGUUUAAGUUGGAUGAGCCGUUAGUUAGCGCAUUUAGGGAGAGAUGGCGCCCGAAGACUCAUACCUUUUAUCUGCCGUUUGGUGAGUGCACGGUUACGUUACAGGAUGUAGCCUUUCAUCUAGGACUGCUGAUCGACGGUCACUAUGUCAGUGGAUGUUUGACGUACUUUGAGACACACAUCGAGGGAGGACGGCUAGCGUGGGCAUGGUUUCAAGAGUUGUUGGAUGUGAUGCCGUCACUUGACUGUAUCGACAAGUUCACUGUGAAGUGCACUUAGAUGCACAAACCUUCGGUCACCUUCCACAGGAGGCAGACAAGGAGACAGUUCGGAGGUAUGCCAGAGCGUACAUUAUGAUGCUACUAUCGACGUAGCUCUUCAGCGACAAGUUCGGUACUCACGUGCAUAUUAGGUGGCUUCCGUACGUGGCGAGGUUAGAGGACAUGGGCAGCUAUAGCUGGGGUUCUGCCUCUCUAUCUUGGUUAUAUAGGUGCCUACUUCGUGUAGCCAAUAAGAACGUGGUUAAGUUGGCAGGACCUAUACAGCUCCUCUAGUCAUAGAUCUUCUAGAGGUUUUUGGGUUUUAGGCCCGACGGGUUUGAUUUCUUCCACUGGCUGUUGGCCUCGAGGUACACGGUUGAUUAUUAGUUAUAUUUUGUGUUGGCAUGUUAUAUUUAUAUUUUUGUCAGUUGUUAACGUUUAUUGGGUGACAGGUGGUCAGGUUAUUAUCAACUGACAUCUAGCUAGAAGGAACCUCGAGUUGCGCACUGCAGACUGUGGAUUGAUUUACUUCAUCCUCGUGAUGUGAGUACUAAAUGGUUUACUGUUUUUGCUAUUGACAUAUAUUGUGAGUUUAUUGUACAUUAAGCGUGAUGUUGGAUGUUAUUGCCUUUUCAGUUCAUUUGGAUGCCAUACAGCUCUCCCGACGUCUUGUAGGUAGUGCAUCUGGAGAUAUUAGAGCCUUGGCACACUGCAUAUUGGAUGUCCGCAACGCCCUUGAUAUAAUUUGCUGUGAUCGAGUGACAUCAGGUCGAUCGGGUUCUGCCUCAGCUUGGAGGAGUUCAGCAUCGCUCGCAGCCCGCACUGAACAUCGAUUUUUUGAUGUCGAAGGACGGUCGAGGCGAUGAUCGGUGGUUUCCCUUUACGUUACAGAGUCGGCACAUUCAUUGGGACUGUAGGGCAAACCACUUCUUACGAUUUGAUGUUGUUCUUAAUCCAGGACCCUCUCAUGAGUGCUAAGAUUGAUGGUAUCAUCAUGGGCGGAGAUUCUUGUCACCUGAGCUAUUUCUCGGAGACCCAGAGGUGACCCGAUCCCACAUGAGGCUUUGCAUAGAGGUAUGGGACAGGCUCCACCGAUGGAUUGGAUGCCUGAUGUUCCGGACAACCAUCGUGCCGAGCGAAGAGCGCGUGUGGGGACACGAGCUAGUCAGCGUGAGCGGAGGUGGCUCGAUGAUGCCGUUGAUGAUCCUGUGGUGAGGGGUAGAGGUCGCAGAGGGGCCAAGGGUGGUCCUCGAGGUGGACUGGGUGAUGGUGGUCGGAGAAGCAGAUCCCGUCCUGCAUGGAGGGCUGGAGAGGAUUAUGGUAGUGGAAGUGGAGGUCCAGAUGAUAGUGGCGAUGACGGUGGCGACGAUGAGCCUGACGGAGGAUGUGGUUGUUGCCACGACACCAGAGUUGGUUCUAGUGGGGAUGGACAUGAUGGUAGAGGUGGAGGUGGAGGUGGAAGUUUAGGUGGAGUUAGGCCGAGUGAGGUUGGAUAUGUUGGUGGAGAUGGAGGAGGUGUUGGUGGUUCAAAAUUUAACAACAUUUUUCGGUCCUUUUGCUUCAAGAUCUGGGGACCAGUUUUGGAAGAGUAA